GCCUGGAUGAAACGACAAGGCCAGUCAGUCAGCUGCUAUCAGUUUGACAGUGGGUAGCUACAUAGACGGUCAAAAGAAGGGUAGUUAGACGUCAACAAGAAUCUCAGUAAAUAUUUUUUCUCGUAGAAAAUGGCAAAAUGGUCUAUCGCAGAAUAAAUUUCAGAGCAACUUGUAACAAAUACUUGAAUUUGUAGUCUUGUAUUUUCACAUAGGAAGGUUGGGGGUCUAUGAGGAGGGAUGCCUGUCGAAAGUGGAAGCAGUGCAGCCUCUCGCCAGGCCAAGCAGAAGCGCAAGUCCCACAGUCUGUCCAUCCGCCGGACCAACAGCACCGAGCAGGAGCGCUCAGGUUUACAGAGGGAGAUGUUGGAGGGACAGGAUUCCAAACUGCCAUUGUCUUUGAGGAGCAAUCUUUUGGACCUGUUUGGCCAGAUCGAGAGGGAGUUUGAAAACCUCUACAUUGAAAACAUUGAGUUGCGUAGAGAGAUUGAAACCCUGAACGAUCGUUUGACAGCUGAAGGACAAACCAUCGAUGGGGGAGACUUGACAAAGGGGGCACUUAAAACAAAAGCAAGUCAUAGCACAAGUCAACUUUCACAAAAACUGAAGACCACUUAUAAGGCAUCUACAAGCAAGAUAGUCUCCAGUUUUAAAGCCACCACGUCCAGAGCCGUGUGCCAGCUGGUCAAGGAGUAUGUAGGCCACAGGGAUGGCAUAUGGGACCUGAGUGUCACCAGGACACAGCCCGUGGUGCUGGGCACAGCGUCGGCAGAUCACAGUGCCAUGCUAUGGAGCAUCGAGACCGGAAAGUGCCUCCUGAAGUAUGUGGGUCAUGCAGGAUCAGUUAACUCUAUCAAGUUCCAUCCCACGGAACAAAUGGCUCUUACAGCAUCUGGUGACCAGACAGCCCAUAUCUGGAGAUACAUGGUGCAGUUGCCCACCCCACAGCCUGUAGCUGACAUCAGUCAGACGCCCUGUGACGACGACAUAGACUUCUCAGAUAAGGAUGAGGCUGACGGGGACGGUGACGGCCCUAACGAGUGUCCCUCCAUCCGCAUGGCUUCCACUACCCUCAGGAGCCACCAGGGGGUUGUCAUCGCUGCAGACUGGCUGGUGGGGGGCAAGCAGGUGGUCACCGCCUCCUGGGACCGGGCUGCCAACCUGUACGACGUGGAGACAUCUGAGCUCGUCCACUCUCUCACUGGCCACGACCAGGAGCUGACCCAUUGCUGUACCCACCCCACCCAGCGUCUGGUGGUCACCUCGUCCAGAGACACCACCUUCCGUCUGUGGGACUUCAGAGACCCCUCCAUCCACUCUGUCAACGUGUUCCAGGGACACACCGACACGGUGACGUCAGCAGUGUUCACUGUGGGGGACAACGUGGUGUCUGGGAGUGACGACCGCACCGUCAAGGUCUGGGACCUCAAGAACAUGAGGUCACCCAUAGCAACCAUCCGCACAGACUCUGCAGUCAAUAGGAUAAGCGUGUCGGUGAAUCAAAGAAUCAUUGCUCUUCCUCACGACAAUCGACAAGUUCGGCUGUUUGACAUGUCAGGAGUGCGGCUGGCUCGACUCCCACACAGCAACAGACAGGGCCACCGGCGCAUGGUGUGCUGCUCAGCUUGGUGUGAGGACAACUCCUCCUGUAACCUGUUCAGUUGUGGCUUCGACCGGCAGGCCAUUGGAUGGAACAUCAACAUCUCAGCUCUGCUGCAGGAGAAGUGAGCCCAGCCCAGACAGAGUCAGCCCUGAGCCAUCCGCCUGGCCCAUCUGCUCACUGAGCCCCAUCUUAAGAGCUGAUCAGUCAGACGCCCCCACUCUCGGGCAGGGAGGGGAGAAGAUCGAUCGAGGACCACUCUCUCUCUCUUUGUGUCAAGUCUUCAUGUUCUUCUCACACUCCAAAUGUGGUCACAGUCUGGUCUGCAUGGUCUGAAUAUACAUACUGUACUACGUGUGUGUGGGGUUUUUUCAAACUUGCCCAUGUAUGUACAAAAAAUGUGAAGGACUACACUCAGCUUUGUUGUAGGGCUUGUUUUGAUCAAUUUAGUCAUCACUUUCCUGCUGAAGAUAAAGAGCACAGUGACAUAAAGAAGGUACGGGGGGAGCGUAAUGUUGUCACCCUAAUCUUCAGUUCAGCACAGGUUGGGCCCACUUGAUGGUGUAGACUCGAUGAUAAUGAGCAGCAUUUCAUGGAGACUUGUGUUAGUAUUGAAAUGCCACACAUCUGCUUUCGAACCCACCUUAAUCGCUCAGAUGUACAGCUAGCCAAGCUACUGCAUAUCUCUGUGCCAUUUCGGCAGAGCCAUACUUUGACAAGGUUUACAGGUCCAUGCCCAUUUAUUGGUGAUCAACUGAGCACUGAAUAAGGAACAUGCAGAGCUGCUACAGAACAGUUUUCAUGUGGCUCUGUCAUGCACCUUUUAAAACCAAUAGAUGUUUAAAUUUUAUUUUGUUGUUAAAAACUGUUUUAGCCUAAAUACCAUUGCAGCUUUUGUACAGACUUGACAGAAUCCUACUCCGAGUCCUAGACAGUAUGUUGUACCAGUGGAAUAAGUUGUGUAAACACCCCAUGUUUAGAGGUCAAGGUUGAUCAUCUUCACCAAUUUAAUAGGCACUUCAUUCGUGUGUAAUAAUCAUAAAUGAGUCUUAGAAAGUAAGAUGUUAUGAAAUUGCUGUUAGAUAUAGAGUUUACAAACAAUAGUAACAUGUGAAGUGUUUCUUAGAAGUAGUCAGUAUUGAAAAGCUGUUACAGGGAUAUAUAGGUCAGUCAUUUGUUACCACGUGGUACUUCCUUGCGUAAGUAAGUGGGAUCUCUAAGAGCAUUCUAAUGCAAUAGCUGUAACAUGCUUGGUGUGCUCCGUGAUCAUGGUGUUAAUGUCUGCUGCCAAAACGACAAACUGCAUAGAAAACUAAAAGAAGAAGAGAUUUAUGUGUUUGGGGUAACAGUGUGAUGUCAUAAAGUAGCUGUGUCUGUUUUUAGAGAAAGAUAAUCAAUGGUGGGCUUGAAAACAUUUUGAGUGUAAUUGUCUGUGAGAGUCACUUGACAGGCAGCACAGUUGACUUAGUAACCAACAAAUUAUACAAAAUGAUGUAUCUGUAUCUCAUGAGACAAGCCAGCUUUAUUGCAGUAGUAAAUGCUUCUGUAGAGACUUUUAGAUAUGCUUUGUGUUUUGCCAACUUGUAACAAAAUAUUGAUAAAUGAUAUUUAUACAAUAAGUCAUGUUGAACAUCUGCUAUCCCGUUAUGGAAUCGUUAUUGUGACAAAAACGUGGUUCCAGGUGUAGGCCCACGGUUCAAAGUGAGCGUAACUUUCUUUCCACAAUAAAUGUCACAUCUGGAGCAAAUUAAAUGUAAUCAUCUCUAUUCAAAGUGGCCCAUUUGGCUUAAUGGUGUAUUCCUGCUGCAGAUUUUAUUAUCCUUUUAACUUUGAGGUGCUCUUUUCAUUUCCGCUAGUUCUUCAUCCUGUGCAGUUAAAAUCAGUUGGAUCUCUUAGGUUUCAUUAAAGGAUUGUUGCUUUAAUCUA